AUGGAGCAUAGGUCAUCAAAGACACCAGCUUCGCUUGUUGCAUUAGACGCUGACUCGAAUUUCGAGGUUUUCCCUCUAGUAUCCCGGUGUCUUCGCGAAGAGUCUGCUGACCAACUCGAGCUUUAUGGCAAGAUAGCCCAGUCUGUUCUGCGGAAGCUUCGAAAUCCUCUUAACAAGGCAAAAGACAAUUUGGAAGCAUCACGAUUUCUCAGGGCCAUUAAUCAGCUAACCACUCAAUUUAAACAAACCCAGACGAUCAUUGGCGUCGUCGGAAACACCGGCGGUGAUGCCCGCUACCGAGCAGAGAUUGAAUUCAUCACUAUUGAUGAUUGGAAAAAGGAGCUCGGAUAUUUGUACGAGGAUCUUCUGGAUUCUAGAGGCGACGUUGUGAAAGAGUCUCUCGAUGAAGACACUGAGUCAGGCACCAAGGAGGCUUUGAACAGAACCACUGUCGAUGUUCUGGCUAACGCCCCAGAUGUGCGUGCAGUGCUCGGUCAGAUUCAAACCAUCGCCAACGCAGCGGCAGAUACAUUCCGCGCGAACAUUACGAAGUACAUCGACAGCGACGAGAAAGAAGGCCAAGAGAGACUCCGUGGGGAAGAGAAACGCAUGGAGUUCUGGCCUCUCAUUAAGGUGGUUCGAAUUUUCACCCGGUCCGAAGUCCUGUCCAUGGGAACUACCCUCGUCGACUUACCUGGUGCCCAUGACUCCAACGCGGCGCGCGCUGCUGUGGCAAGCACCUAUAUGCAAAAGUGCGACGCUGUUUGGAUCGUUGCUGCAAUUCAGCGAGCGGUAGAUGACAAGACAGCCCAAAACCUUCUUGGGCAGUCUUUCAAGUUGCAGCUUAAGUUCGAUUGCAAGUACUCCCAAAUCUCAUUUAUCUGCUCGAAGACAGACGACAUCUUGGUUCUUGAAGCUCUUAAACUCAAAAGCCUUCGCAGGGAGCAAGAAGUGAUCGACUGUCAGAAUGAGCUUGAGCAAGUACGAUCUGAAUCUGCCAAGAACACAUCGACCUACGAAGCACUAAGCAAGCGAGGAAAGGAGCUGGGAGCCAAAGAGGAUGAGCUCCAGGGACAGAUUAGCCAUUGGCAAGAGCUGGCAAUCAACCUGGACAAGGGCAAUGCUUCCUCAGCUCCAACCACCGUCCCUCAGAAGCGGACAUAUUCAGCACGUCAAGCAGCGAGCCGAAAGAGAAUGACUUACGACAUUGAUGAGCUUCCUUCAGACAGUGAAGAUGACAACAAGGAAGCUAUUAAAUCGGAAAACACGGCUAAUGAACCCGAGCAAAAGCCUUUAACCAAAGAGAUAAUUCACGAAGAGCUCGACCGUCUGAGAAACGAGAUAGCGCAGGUAUCGGAAGACCACGACAAUAUUGAUACCGAGAUCAAACCAGUGGGACGACUUUUCAGGAGCCAGAAGAAAAGGCUACCUGUUCUCGAGACUCAGCUCAAGUCUCUGUGCAUUCAAGGAAGAAAUACCUACGCUAUAGAAGCCCUCCGGCACGACUUCGCCGCUGGUUGCAAAGAAAUGGACCAAGACAAAGUCAUGCGUCAAAACGGUGACUUGUUCGUUUCUGGGACUGACAACAGAGAUUACAAUGAAGAAGCCGCCUCUCUUCCCGUUUUCUGGGUUAGCUCUAGAGCUUACCAGAAAACAAAAGGCCGUUUAGAGGGCGAGGAUCCAGUCCAAGGUUUCCCAACACUCGAACAUACUGGUAUACCACAACUUCAGAUAUUUGCGAAGCGCUUAACAGAACCUGGUCGAGUCAAGAAUGCCCAAAAUUUCCUCGAGGAUUUUACGCAUAUUAUAAACUCCCUGAACCUUUGGUCAAAGGAUCACAGCGCUGAGGUUCAGCUCAGUGAUUGCGAGAAGCAGGACCAAAACCUGAUCCGAGCCGCCGAAUUGACCGUCGCAGGAUGUCGAGGCACCUUGACCAACCAUCUCUAUACUAUGUUUGACAAGUCCGUUAAGCAUGCUGCUGAGACUGCUUUACAAACUACUGGGCGAUGGUUUGCAUCGACAAAUGACGGUGGCAUGUUUUGGAACACCUUCAGAGCCACUUGUCGCCGCGAAGGGGCUCAUUCGGGCCGCCGAGGCUUCCGUGAUCUGAAUGAGGAACUAGUCCAACCCCUAAGGAAGAUGCUGGCCAGCGACUGGGAGCGAGUAUUCGAUCGACGCAUCCCACAAGUCUUGAGCAAGUUUCCUGUUAUUUCCAAGGCCCUCCUCGAAAAGUUCCAUGCUGGCGUCAAGAUUCGCAUCCAGGCAAAGGCCAGUAGCAGUACAAUCAACAUGCUUAUGGUCCAGGUGCGCGGCAAGGAUUGCUUCAAACGCAUGAGAGACAUUAUGCUGGACCAUGUCACGACGCAUCAGCAUUCUAUGUUUCGAAGGGCAACGGACAGCGUCCGCGAGAAGCUGGACAAGCUAUGCGAAGAACUUGAGAGGGACCUUCUCACCAAAAUCGACUUGGUUAUUGCAGAGCUAACUUCAGAGUAUCGUCAUGUCAUCAUCGAAAAGAAUCUCGUCAAAGUCUCCCAGGUAGCUAGAAAUGAGAUCCCAGCAAUCUUGUCGGAGACUGAUGUACUCUUCCAAGCACCCUUUAUCGACGCCAAGGCUGCUCCUUCGAUCAAGACAGAGGUUGUAUGA